UAUAUUUGCUCUCUCGCUCUUGCCAGUUUGGACGACUAAUAAAACUUGUUUAUUGGCAAAUGACAUCUUCCGAGUUGGCGUGUCCUGGCUGUUUGUGUGUGCUCUUGGAACCAUUUGUUGAAUGCAACGUGUGCAGAGACUUGUAUCUUUGCCUUCAAUGUUUCUCUCGUGGUGUGGAAGUAGGCAAUCACGAGAGUGAUCAUGACUACGCUAUUUUGAGCAACAAGUUUCCUCUUAGACCAAACUCUGAUUGGACAGCGAGGGAAGAACUGGCUUUGCUAGGAGCCAUUGAAGAUCACGGAUUAGGAAACUGGUGUGAUGUAUCAAAUCAAGUUAGGACCAAGCCAGCUGCUGAGUGCUGUCGACACUACAUUGAAAACUUUAUUGAAAAGCCGUUUUCACCAGAAUUAGAGUUUCAUAUACCAAAGAAAGAGAGACUGGAAGUGAUGCCAUCUUUUCAUCAAUCAAAACCUGCUGUGAAGAAAGUAUGUAUUGAUCCUCCUCGUCCUGCACUGGGAAGUCAACAAUCAAACGACAUGGCUGGUUAUCUGCCGUGGAGAGGAGAGUUUCAGGUUGAAUAUGACGACAAUGGAGACUUUGUUCUACAAGAUAUGUCAUUCGAUGACAUAGACACACCGUUAGAGAGAGAAUUGAAUUUAGCUGUCAUUGAUAUCUAUCAAAGUACACUGGAAGAGAGAGCAUAUCGUAAGAGAGUUCUGCGUGACUAUGGACUUCUGAGUUGGAAGAACCACAGGGUUCACAGUCUUAAGCUGGUUUCUCCUGGAAGGGACAUUCAACAUAUACUACGACCAUUCAUGAGAUUGCACAGUCCUGAAGAACACGAUAAGCUCUUACAAUGCACAGCUUAUGAACUAAAGCUAAAAGAAGAGGUUUGUCGAUUGCAAGAAUACCGGACAGCUGGAAUAAGAAAUUUGAAAGGGGCAGAUCUAUACGAACAACUUAAAAGUAAACGGUAUCACACGGUGCGCAAGCAUACAGCAAUGGAUAAUAUACUCUCAACUAUUGAUAUGCAGACAAAGAAUUGGGCGAUGUCUUCAAACUCUGGCUUGGAAGUUGUACCUAGAGGAAGAAAGCCAGUAAGAAGGUUAGAUAUCUCCGCGGCUCCCGGAGUGGGUAUUUUGUCUGAUGAAGAAAGAGAGUUGUGUUCAUCUCUUCGCCUUCUACCGUUGGCUUACCAGAAACACAAGGCUAUCUUGAUACAGGAGAGUGAAAGGCUUGGAGGUCUUAAAUUAGCUGAUGCUCGACGAUUUGUUCACAUCGAUGUAAACAAGACUAGAAAGUUGUUUGAUUAUUUUACAGACCAAGGGUGGAUUCGAGACUUACCACCUUAGUGUAUUUAUGUCUUUCUACAUACUGUACAGUAGCCAGGCUGUCACAUUAUAUUUCAAAAUAUCUCGA